GAUACACGACCUAUUUUCCUUAACUGCGACUCUUAACUGCAACAAUUACAGAUAAGAAUAACAGAUACUGAAAAGUAGCGUUCACAGAAAUCGCUGAUAUCGGAAAAUCGCAGUUUAGCCCAUCACUAACGCUGGUUUUGAAUGCAUCUGCUGGUUCUGCGAUGCGAUACUGUCACCCUUCGUGCACUGUGUAGUCAGCAGCAACCUCAUGGUGUUGUGGAAAUUUGUGUGUGACAUUCUCCAGACUGUAGAACUGAAGGGAUGGACCAGGAGCCAACUAAGUGGAUAAAAAAAGAGGAAACUGAUGAAGUACAAACUGAGUUACACUUCAUAGCGCAAGAUUAUCCAUGCAGCAUGAAUGUAAAAGAAGAGUUGGAGGAGGGUGUGAAUAAAGAGUUUCUUGAAGACCCAUUAAAGGCUGGCGACCCUAGUUUUUGCGUAAACCAAGAUCCCGAACUGAAACACCGUGCUGCUGGAUCUGAGCAUAAUUCUGUUGAAGCUCCAUUGGGAAUAUCUUUGUCCACUGAUUUUAUCAAGGAGGAUCCUGAAUUAAAUAUAACUGAGAAUACUGUGGAAACCUCAACGAGAUAUGCAUCUGAUAGUGCAAGAUUUACUCAGACUACUGGUGGGAGUUGCAGCAUAUCAUGUGAAGAAACUUGUCACCAUAGACUGGUCCAGGAUGAGUUGGUGAUAGACAUGGAGAAGUCAACACAUGGGUUCAGUACCAAUACAGAAGAUGUGACUAUUGAUAAGGAAUGCUCAGUUUCCACCCAAUUUGACUGUAGUACGAGGGAAAAGGAAUUACAUGUAUAUAGCUGCAAUUUCUGCCAACAGAGCUUUCCUUCAAAAUACAGACUCAUAAUGCAUGUGUUUAUGCACAAUGAUGGAACGCAACCACAUUUGUAUGUUUGUAAGUGGUGUGGUGAGGUAUUUCACAGUAAUAUUGGCUUGAGAAAGCAUAUAAGAAUGAGUGAGAAUCGUCAAGUUUUAACUGCUGACAGUCAUGAAAAAUAUGGACAUAGUGAAGAGCAUCAAACCACUACCUCGUUGGAUAGCGAGCCAGAAGUUUCUGUCACAGAACACAAUGAGCAGUCUUCAUGUAAGGAAACUUGGAAAGAUUCAAAGAAGCCCUCUAAUGACAUAUGUAACACACAUAUGACAAAUGAUAGAGAGAAAACAAGUAAUUAUGGAACAUUGUCUAUAGCUGUUAAUGCCAGUGCCCAGGCUGAUCUACUUACUGCAAACAGAACCGACAGAUGUGGUAUUUGUGGCAAAUUGUUUCCUAGGUCAGGUGAUCUCGAGAGACAUGUUUCCAUUCAUACUGGGAAAAGACUUCACAAAUGUGAUAUUUGUGAGAAAUGGUUUGCGCAGUCACGUUACCUAAAGGCUCACACAUUAAUUCACACUGGAAAGAAACCUUACAUGUGCGAGAUUUGUGGGAAAUGUUUUACUAUGUCAAGCCAUCUCAAGAAACACGUAUUAAUUCACACUGGAAAGCAACCUCACAAAUGUGAGAUUUGUGGGAAAUCUUUUACCGUGUUAGGCGCUCUCAAGAAACAUGGAUUAAUUCACACUGGAAAGAAACCUCACAAAUGUGAGAUUUGUGGGAAAUCUUUUGUAAGGGCAGACAAUCUCAAGAGACACAUAAUAAUUCACACUGGAAAGAUACUUUACAAAUGUGAGAUUUGUGGGAAAUCUUUUGCUAGGGCAGAUCAUCGCAAGACACACACAUUACUUCACACCGGAAAUAAACCUCACAAAUGUGAGAUUUGUGGGAAACCUUUUACUAUAUUAAUCAAUCUUAACAAACAUUUAUUAAUUCACACUGGAAAUAAACCUCACAAAUGUGAGAUUUGUGGGAAAUCUUUUGCUAGGGCAGAUCAUUGCAAGACACACACAUUAUCUCACACUGGAAAUAAACCUCACAAAUGUGAGAUUUGUGGGAAAUCUUUUACUAUAUUAGGUAAUCUUAACACACACUUAUUAAUUCACACUGGAAAGAAACCUCACAAAUGUGAGAUUUGUGGGAAAUCUUUUACUAUGUUAGGUGAUCUCAAGAAACAUGUAUUAAUUCACACUGGAAAGAAACCUCACAAAUGUGAGAUUUGUGGGAAAUCCUUUACCAUAUUAGGCAAUCUUAACAAACAUUUAUUAAUUCACACUGGAAAGAAACCUCACAAAUGUGAGAUGUGUGGGAAAGCUUUUGCGUUGUCAUGCUAUCUGAAGGAACACACUUUAAUUCACACUGGAAAUAAACCUCACAAAUGUGAGAUUUGUGGGAAAUCCUUUGCUAGGGCAGAUCAUCGCAAGAGACAUUUAUUAUUUCACACUGGAAAUAAACCUCACAAAUGUGAGAUUUGUGGGAAAACUUUUACUAUGUUAGAUGAUCUCAAGAAACAUGUAUUAAUUCACACUGGAAAGAAACCUCGCAAAUGUGAGAUUUGUGGGAAAUCCUUUACCAUAUUAGGCAAUCUUAACAAACCAUUAUUAAUUCACACUGGAAAGAAACCUCACAAAUGUGAGAUCUGUGGGGAAUGUUUUGCUACAUCAGGUGAUUUCAAGACACAUGCAUUUGAACACACUUGA